CAGUCCAAUAAAGCAGAUGCCUUUUGAUGUAGUAGAUGACUCCAAUGGCUUUCCCCGUGUGUUGUUGUCUGAGCCUGGUGGUUCCUCAGCGGAGGUCUUUCUCUUACUGCAACAAGUUUACACUUUAAUAUUUCUGAAAUUCAUGAUAUAUUGUUGUGGAUUAAGAAUUUAAUCCAAUUCUGCCUUUCCCAAAUUAUUAUGCCAGAUGGGUACAUCUCCGGCCAUCGGAUAAGUUUUCGUUAUAAAUGGAUAUAGGGAGUUCAGAUCGCAAUAAUCUAAAAAUUUCACGCUACGGCUUAUAGACAUCAGCUUGUCCUCCAUAAUAACCACGCCGAAUGAAGCGUUCUUAGUUUUCUAUAAAAAAAAGUUCCAUUUUUAUUCAGAGAAAUUAAUCUCAAGGGACCAGUAAUUGGUUAAGGUUUAUAUAAAUUUUCUUGUAUUAUGUCUCUGACUAUGAAGUGCAUACUAAAGGAGACUUUGAUAUCUGUGUAAAAUAUAGGACCAUCUAUUCCAUGAACUCCGGCUAGUCUAGCUACUAUGCUGUAUUCCUCUUUAGUUCCUAUUAGCUUCUUCAUUAGCUCCUGUUUCUUCCCACUAGAUUUGGAUGCAAAAGGUAACAUAUAGAAGCAACUGCAUAUGAACCGCUUCUGAAACUUUAAUCUCAGCUUCUUUGGUAUUUUCCUGAACAACUUUCCUGUUUGAGGUAGGCUUGAAAUGUUUAGUUUGGUUUAAGAACACAUUUCCUCAGACUUUUCAUAUUCUUUUUUCCCUUGAAUAUCUUGGUUUUGGAACAUUUGAACUAGAGGCGACACUCAGGCUUAUGGCUAGUGCGUGCUGUAGAUGGUACUGGCUGAAGUAUAACAUCAAGUCACAUUUGCUGACUGGUUGAAUCAUGAACCAGAAGGAUUCUCUAUAUGGUUUGGUAUAUGUAACUCCAUUUUAAUAAGUUAAAAAUAGGUACUCUUGUAUGGUGGUCAAGUUGUCUCAUGGAAGAAUGAACGAGGAGAGGAACAACUGUUCAGAAGUACCAAGGCUCUUGCAAAAUCUCCAAAUGCAAAUAGGGGCGGGAUAUCUGUUUCAAUUUCACAGUUUGUCUAUGCAGCUUGGUGCUACAGGGCAAGUUCUGCAGCAUGGAUUGGUGAGACAGAAUCUGUGGUCAUUAGUUAGUAGCCCUUUGCAUCUACCUUCCUCUGGAAGCCAAUCAUCUAUUGACCUCAUCUGUCAGCCCGUUGGGAAAGAUUUGAAAACUUGGCCUUGUAGUUUUGAACUCCGGCUUCAUGUAUCAUUGGGUCCUGGAAGGCUGAAGCUGAUACCCUCUGUGAGGAAUACUGAUAACAAAUCCCUUUCCUUUAAGUUUGGCCUAAGAAAUUACUUGUCAGUAUCUGAUAUCAGUGAGGUGCGCAUUGAAGGUCUAGAGACACUUGACUACUUGGAUCUUUUGUUGCAAAGGCAGAGAUUUACUGAACAAACUGAUGCUAUUACAUUUGACGGGGAGGUCCAUCGUGUUUACUUGAGUUCACCACCAAAAAUUGCCAUUAUAGACCAUGAGAAAAAGAGAACUUUCGUUCUGCGAAAGGAAGGCCUACUAGAUACAGUUGUUUGGAAUCCAUGGGACAAAAUACCUAAGGCUAUUUCUGACUACAAGAUUAUGAUGUUAGUAGAUUCCGCAGCCUUUGAAAAGCCAAUUGAGCUGAAACCUCAUCAAGAAUGGAAAUGCUGUCAAGAGAUUGUUGCUGUCUCUUCAAGCUAUUGUAGUGGGCAAUUGGAUCCUCAAAUGGUUUGAGCUGAACUUAAAUAUAAGCUACAUAUUGGGCUUCUCUUAUGUGUUAUGUUGCUGUCAUAUGUUUAUAUGUAAAGAUAAACUUGAUAAGAUGAUUCUGCAGUUCUUUGGUUUAACGUUCUAUGUAUUGACCUGCCCCGUUUAUUGGUGAGGAGGUGACGUCAAUUAAACA